CCCUUUUCAAUAAACGUGAAGUCUUGUCUUGCGCUACAACCGAUUUCGUCUCACUCAGGUUUUUAAUCUGAUUAAGCAUAGAAUAUAUCUGGGUUUAUCAAAAGACAAUGAUUAAAAUAUUUUAAAUAAGUCCAUAUAACAAAACAUGAGACAAUGCAAAACAAAAACUUUAUAUUCUGUAUUUUGACAUGUGUAACAUGCGGUUCACCCUCCAAAAUGGCGACUGGGCCGUAUUCUGGUGGAGGGUUGGACAGUAGCUGGUGUCUGAGCUGAGGGUGUGUUUCCACCGUCAAUGUUUAACCCUGGUUUACAGUUAGAGUCUCCUCACCCUGACAAAGGCUUCACUCUCCACGCCAUCAAAUCAGAAAAGAUGUCCACACCUCAAGAGCAGCUCCUGGGAAUUUUACAAAACCUGGAAAGUAAGAACUUCAAAACCUUUAAAUGGUACCUGCAGAGGCGUGGGGCACUGGGAGACUUCUCCGCAAUUCCAGUCUAUUGCUUGGAGAAUGCAAGUCGAGAGGACACCGUGGAUCGCAUGGUACAGACCUAUUGUGAAGAUGCUAUUAAAGUUGCCAAUUUGAUUUUGGAGAAGAUGAAAAAGAAGACGCCGUCAGUGUCUAAAGAAGUUCUUGCUGAGUGUCAGAAAAAACUAAAAUCCACACUGAGGAAGAGAGUUUCUAAUGUGGAUGAGGUAAUCAACUCAUCUCCUCUGAAUGAGACCUACACUGAACUCUACAUCAUGGCAGGAGAAACUGGAGAGGUCAACACAGAACAUGAAGUCAGACAGAUUGAAAUUGCAUCUUGGAAAUCGGGAAUGGAAGAAACAACUCUCAAGUGUGAGGACAUCUUCAAAGCCUUGCCUUUGAGAGACAAACCGAGGACAGUGGUGACAAAGGGAGUGGCAGGCAUUGGGAAAACAGUCCUCACACAGAAGUUCACUCUGGACUGGGCUGAAGACAAAACCAACAGAGACAUAGAGUUCACUUUUCUGUUCACCUUCAGAGAGCUGAACAUGCUGAAAGAGCAAAAGUACAGUUUAGUAAAACUCGUUCAUCACUUCUUUACUGAAAUUGAAGAAGCAGGAAUCAGCACAUUUGAAGAUUUUGAGCUUGUGUUCAUCUUUGACGGACUGGAUGAGUGCCGUUUACCUCUGAACUUUCAGAAGACAGAGAUAGUGACGGACAUUACGGCGUCCACGCCGGUUCAUGUGCUGCUGACAAACCUCAUCAGAGGUAAACUGCUGCCUUCUGCUCACAUCUGGAUAACCACCAGACCUGCAGCAGCUAGUAUCAUCCCUCCUGACUGUGUGGACAUGGUGACAGAAGUCAGAGGGUUCACUGAUCCACAAAAGGAAGAUUACUUCAAAAAGAUGUUCAGAGAUCCAGAUGAGGCCAGGAGCAUCAUCUCCCACAUCCAGGCGUCACGAAGCCUCCACAUCAUGUGCCACAUCCCAGUCUUCUGUUGGAUCACUGCUAAGGUUCUGGAGGACAUGCUGAAAACUUGUGAGGUAGAAAAGCUGCCCAACACUUUGACUGAGAUGUACAUCCACUUCUUGGUGAUUCAAUCCAAACUGAAGAGUGUCAAGUAUCAGGAUCAACCAUCAGAGACGAAUGUGAACCAGAAAGAAAGUAAAGGUAUGAUUGAGGCACUUGCUAAACUGGCAUUUAAGCAGCUGCAGAAAGAAAACCCAAUCUUCUAUGAGGCAGACCUGAGUGACUCUGGCAUUGAUCUCAGAGAAGCUGCAACGUACUCAGGAGUCUUCACCGAGACCUUCAAAAAAGUUAAAGGCAUGUACAAGGAAACAGUUUUCUGCUUUGUUCACCUAAGUGUUCAAGAGUUUCUGGCUGCUCUUCAUGUGCAUUUGGCCUUCAUCACCUCUGGAGUCAAUCUGCUGUCAGAUGAACAGUCAACAUCAACAUGGAUGUCUAAGCUUAAAAACAAACUCAAACCAAAACAGUUGGACCAAAGUAAAGAAUCAUCAGCUUCUUGGAAGUCCAAACUUUUUAAAGACAAACCCAAACUGAAUAAUCUGCACCAGUGUGCUAUUGACAAGGCCUUGUUGAAUCCAAAAGGACACCUGGACUUGUUCCUUCGCUUCCUCCUAGGUCUGUCAGUAGAGACUAACCAGCACCACAUUCGAUGGCUGCUGGAAGAAACUGAAAGUCACUCAGAGGUAAUACUGAAAACAGCCAAGUACAUCAGGAAGAAGAUUGAUGACAACAUGUCUGCAGAAAGAAGCAUCAAUCUGUUCCACUGUCUGAAUGAACUCAACCAUCAUUCUCUGGUGGAGGAGAUCCAACAGUCCCUGAGCUCAGGACCCCUGUCCACAAAGAAACUGUCCCCCGCUCAAUGGGGUGCACUGGUCUUCCUACUUCUGUCCUCGGACAAGGAUCUUAAUCAGUUUGACCUGAAAAAAUACUCUGCGUCAGAGGAGACAUUUCUCAGGCUGCUGCCGGUGGUCAAAGCCUCUAACAAAGUUCUGUUGAACGAUUGUAAACUCUCCAAGAAAAGCUGUGAGGCUCUUUCGUCACUCCUUCAUUCCCAGUCUUCUAAUGUGAAACACGUGGAUCUCGGCAACAACGAGUUAGAGGAUGUAGGAGUAGAAGCACUGUCAGGUGGACUCAAGAGUCCUCAAUGUUCUGUGGAGACUCUCAGCCUGGCAGGUUGUCUUGUCACAGAAAAUGGCUGUGGUUCUCUAGCCUCAGCUCUAAGCUUGGACUCCUGCCAUUUGAAAGAGCUGGACCUGAGCUACAACCGUCCAGGAGACUUGGGAGUGAAGCAGCUCUCAACUGAACUGAAAAAACCUGAAUGUUCUCUGCAAACGCUCAGGUUAAAAGGCUGUGAGCUCUCAGAGAGAAGCUGUGCAGCUCUCUCAUCUGUCCUCAACUACAAGUCCUCAAGUCUGCGACACUUGGAUCUGAGCGACAAUGACCUGCUGGAUUCAGGAGUGAAACAGUUAGCAGCUGGGCUAAAGUAUUCUCAGUGCUCACUGACGAGACUCAGUCUGACGUCUUGCAAGCUAUCUGAGACAAGUUGCGACAUUCUGUCAACGGUGUUCACCUCUCAGUCCUGUAGUCUGAAACAACUAGACUUGAGUUACAACCUUUUCAGAGAUUCUGGAAUAACGAAGUUGUCACAUGGACUUAAAAGUCCUCACUGUUUACUGGAGACCCUGAGCCUUGCAGGGUGUAUGUUCACAGAGAAAAGCUGUGGAUCUCUGGCUUCAGUUUUGAGUGUCAGACCAUCGAAAUUAACAGAACUGGACCUGAGCUACAAUAAGCUGGAAUACUCAGGAGUGAAGCAACUCUGUGAAGGACUAGUCAUUCCAGAUUCUUCUAUGGAGACCCUCAGGUUGAGAAGCUGUCUCCUCUCAGAUCACAGCUGUCAAACUCUGUCCUCAGUCCUCGGCUGUCAGUCCUCUAGGCUCAGAAAUCUGGACGUAAGUAACAAUGACCUGCAGGAUUUGGGAGUUGAACAUCUCUCUGGUGGACUCAGGAGCCCUCACUCCUCUUUGGAGAUCCUCAGGUUGAGUGGAUGUGGACUGUCAGAGAGAAGCUCUGAAGUUCUGUCCUCAGUCUUCAGCUCCCGGUCCUCUGCACUGAGACACCUGGAUCUCAGUAACAAUGACUUACAGGAUUCAGAAGUAAAGGAGCUGUCUGUUGGACUUAAGAGUCCUUGCAGUUCCCUAGAGACUUUAUGCCUAAGUGGCUGUGAGCUCUCAGGGAGAAGCUGUGAAGCUCUGUCAUCAGUCCUAAGAUGCCCAUCCUCGCAGCUAAGACACCUGGACCUCAGCAACAAUGACCUGCAGGAUUCAGGAGUCACGCAGCUUUCUCAUGGGCUCAAAAGUUCUCACUGUUCCCUUGAGACUUUAAGGCAUGGAACAAUAUUGUUUAAUAUACUCCUACUUGAGGUUCUCAUAAUGGAAUAUCUGUUCUACCAAAUUCAAAUCAAAUCUAAUCAAUUUACUUCCAGUUUGGCAGGUUGCCUUGUUACAGAGAAAGGCUGUGCUUCUCUGGCUUCAGCUCUGAGCUCCAACCCAUCCCAUUUGAGAGAGCUGGACCUGAGCUACAACCAUCCAGGUGGAUUAGGGAGGAACAUGCUGAUUGGUGGACUGAAAAAUUCCACCUGGAAACUGGAAACAGUCAGGUUGGACCAUUGUGGAGCCCAGAGAAUUAGACCUGGUCUCAGGAAGUAUUUGUGUGAACUUGAAGUGGAUGUGAACACGGUGAACCGAUGCCUCGUACUGUCUGACAACAACAGGACUGUCAGCUACUAUACAGACUUUUCAAAGAUGCAACGUUAUGAUGAUCAUCCUGACAGGUUUCAAACGGGGAGCCAACUGCUGUGUAAAUCUGCUGUGACUGGUCGCUGUUACUGGGAGGUGGAGUUUAAUGGAAAUGUUUCCAUAGCAUUGAGUUACAAAGGAAUUAAAAGGACUGCAGUGCAGUUUGGAAAUGAACAGUCCUGGAGAUUGUCAUACUCUAAGCACGACGGAUACUCUGUAACUCACAACAGUGAAAUGUUUACUCUUAGCUCGCCCUCUGUCUCCAAUAGAGUCUCGGUGUAUGUUGACUGUCCUGCUGGGACUCUGUCUUUCUACAGAGUUUCGUCGGACUCACUGAUCCACCUGCACACCUUUAGCGCCACAUUUACUGGACCUGUUUAUCCUGGGUUCACUGUCCACAGUGAUUCUAACCUGUCUCUGUGUUCUUUGUAGUUAUUUUUUAGAGGAAAAUGAGACAGAAAUUAGCUGGGACGGAGUCUAAGGGUUAAGAACACACAGCUGGUGCUCCCUUUACGAUGUACAACCAAAUACAUGUCUGUACGUAUGUCUGUAUUGCUAACACUAACCUCUGAAGAAGAUAUACCAAGAGCUUUGGGAAGUUGAGACACAUUCAUAUUUUAUCAGAGUUGAUUAGAAACCUGAAGCUAUUUUUUUUUUUUGUAGCCAGAAACCAGGUGUUUCUUUAGCUAAAGUUUUAGCUAACCUUCCAGGUACCCCACACUCGCCUGUUGAUAGCUGGAAUUUUAAAUGUGCUUGCUUCCUCAAUUCCUGCCAGUUUAUCAACAUUGUCAUCACUGAACAGGUCCAGAUUUUAGUAAAUUGUAAUUAAAUUAAAACUAGAAUUUCUUUAUAUUUCAUUACGUGUACUUUAGUGAGAUGUUUGUUUAGGUAGCUUCAGGUUACCUUUGAGCUAAAGUUUUGCUACAGUAUCUCUAGUGAUGGUUGUGGUAGUUGAAUAGGUUGAUCUUUUGUGUUAUUUCUUGUGUGUGUUUUAAACAUCAUAUAUUCUGCUGUACUCCCCUCCACCAGUUAGAACUGAAGAGGUGAAACGUCGUCUUUGAGAAAAUUUCACAUCCAGUUGCCUAACAGAACUCUUCAACCUUGACCAUGAUCAUGCCUGAGAAUCUGCAUAGACAUGUUUUUAAACACUUCUAAUCCAAUUUUAUAUUUGGCUAACACUACACUUCUUUUUCUCAUUUUGGCCAGAAUUUUGCUUUUGGCACCCAAGAACUGUUGUUAAUGUUGGUUUUGUUUUUGGUUGUUCAAGAUCACGUAUUCUAAUUUGGUUAACUCUGUCUAUGAAUUUCUUUCCACUUCUUUCUAUACCAGGUAAAACCCUCUUAUGUGGCUAACCAUUAUUAAGAGAUUUUCUGGACAUUUGACCUGGACCUUUUUGUCAGAUCUGACACUGUGUCUCUAUACUGUUGAUACAAACAAACCAAUCUCUGAAUCCCCUGCCCCGUGUGCUGCAGGAGAUCAGAGAUAAAAUGAUAAUAAUCAUUAUUACGAGGCACGGAUUAACAAAAGGUCAAAUAAAUGGAUGGGGGUGUUUUUCCUGGAGGAGCUUUUUAUGAGACAAAGAAUUAGGAAUAUUCAUUUGUGCUGAAUUAAAUUUUAGUUUUUAAGGAGCCUUUGAGCGAGAAUUAAAGAAAUGUAAUAGAUAUUAAAGUGUUUGAAAUAAA